AUGGCUGAGCGGGAUCGACGGCUCGUUUACGCAAAGGACGACAUCAUCCUAUGCUACCACGGGCCCCUCCUCUACGAAGCCCGGGUCCUGAACGCUGCCUACUGGGAGUCCUCAGACCCCAAGAACCCCGACUCCAGCGGCCCGCACUACAAAGUCCAUUUCGUCGGGUGGAACAAAUCAUGGGACGACUGGGUGCCCGCGUCACGGACGUUGGAGUGGAAUAAGACAAAUCUGGCGAAACAGAAGGAGUUGCAGAAGACGCUGGCGCCGACGGGCACAGGGACGAGGCCAGGACGGCGAAGGCAGAGUAUUGCACCCGAGGUGGAGGGUGGGGUGAGGAAGGGCUCGGCGGGGUCCGCGGUGGGCGGGAUGGAGAGUGCGAGGAAGAGGAGGAGGGAUUCGAUUUUGAAGUCACCGGACGAAGAUCUAUCCCACGACGCACCGUAUCUCAAGCUGGACAUGCCGCGACACCUGAAGGAGCACUUGCGGGACGAGUAUCAGCACGUUGCGAAAGACCACUCGUUACUUACCCUACCACGAGACCCAAGCGUAACCCAAAUCCUCGAAGAUUACGAGAACUACUCCUCCGAAUCCGGGGAUACAUCGAUGGACGAGCUGCGGAGUGUGCUGCAAGGGCUCAAACUUUACUUCAACACAGGCCUGAAGAACAUCCUCCUCUACCGCUCCGAACGCGCGCAAUACAACGCCCACGUCAAGAAGUCCUUAGAAGGCAAGGCUGCGUGUGAUAUUUAUGGCGCGGAGCAUUUGCUUAGAUUGUUUGUGCGAUUACCCUCCCUCGUUGCACGAGUGGGAGCCGACAAGGAUACCGCGGAGAUGUUUCAGCAGCACUUUAAUGAUAUACUAUUAUUCAUCAACGAAAGGCGAGAUCAGUAUCUCACCGCCGACUACGGGAACUGA